UAUCGCUUGAGGAGUGAGUCGCAUCACACAACAGUUGCAUGUGUGAUGCGGCUCAAAAACAGACAUGACGUGCAAAUAGAAAGGUGUAACCUCAAUAUGGAUUACAAAGAGAGUGAGUUACAUAUCUGGAGCUUCCAUUCCCGCACUUAGAUGUAUGGUCCACCAUUAUUUUGUUGGCCAUCGUGGGAAUUUACGUGUCUGUUGCAUGCGGCUUCACUGCCAACCAUUCAGGCACAGUAUAUUGAGCAGUUGAGCCGCACCUUCUGGCCCACCUUUUUCCGAAGUGCAUCGAAAAUUAACCAACACAGAAUUUUGGCGAGGCUACGCACUAGGGGUAACCUCAGAGCACAUACCAUGCACCACUCGUAUACGGAAUCCACCAAACUCGGCUUUCUAGUAGAAUCGAGUAGAACAGGUCAGACAGGUUGGGCCCGAUAUUACCAAUGAAACCAAGUCUGCGAGGAAAAAUCUUGGCAAUAGGUAAUCCAAAACCGUGUACUUCAUAUAAUUCAAACUUUA